AUGGGCAACGCCCCCUCCCACUUCACCCACCCCGCCACCUCCGCCCACCCCCGCGCCCGCCUCCCUAUCACGACCAACCGCUACGACUGGGUCGCGGAAGAGGGCGGCUACAUCCCGUACCGGUUCCAGGGCGCGCAUCGGGAGAAGUGGCGGAACGACGACCGCGGCGCGUACGAGAAGAAGGUGAGGUUCGAGAAGGAGAGGAGCGGGAGGCGGUAUCGGGAUGUGGCGGAGAAGAAGAGGGAGUUUAGAAGGUUGUAUGAUGAGAGGGUUGAAGUCGAUACACUAGUCAGUCUUUGCAAAGCUGCGGUCAGCAGUGGACGUAUUAGGACCCUGCUACAUAUCAGUCGAAGCAUGAGCUGGGCUAAGUGA